GGACCCACCCUAUCCGCCUCGAGGUUUGACGUAGGCAAUACCAGCGGAAGACGUUCUCUUUUACGGUUGCCGUCUGCGAGGGACAUCAUGAAGGCGUCCGGCACUCUGAGGGAAUACAAGGUUAUUGGCCGCCUGCUCCCCUCUGCCAAGAAUCCCACCCCGCCUCUCUACCGCAUGAGAAUCUUUGCACCUAACCAUGUGGUGGCCAAGUCCCGUUUCUGGUAUUUCGUCUCCCAGCUGAGGAAGAUGAAGAAGGCUUCUGGAGAAAUUGUGUACUGUGGACAGGUCUUUGAGAAGUCUCCCCUGAAGGUGAAAAAUUUUGGCAUCUGGCUGCGGUACGACUCUCGAAGUGGCACCCACAACAUGUACAGGGAGUACCGCGACCUGACAACAGCCGGAGCUGUCACUCAGUGCUACCGGGAUAUGGGGGCUCGCCAUCGUGCUCGUGCCCAUUCCAUCCAGAUCAUGAAGGUGGAGGAGAUCCCUGCUAGCAAGUGUCGUAGACCUGCUAUCAAGCAGUUCCAUGACUCCAAGAUCAAGUUCCCUCUGCCACACAGAGUUCUUCGUCGCCAGCACAAGCCACGCUUCACCACGAAGAGACCAAACACCUUUUUCUGAAUGAAAUUCAACAACCUUGGACUCUGUAUUUGAAUAAAAAAACAAAAGAGUUCAUUUUG